AGAGAGUGAGGCCAGUGAAUCAAUUAACAUUAAUUCAGCUGGUAUCAAUUUGCUCUAGGCUGUAUGAUUUUUGAAAAAAAAAAAGUAUUUCAUCUAGGAAGUCUGCUGCUCAGAGAACAUUGAGGGCCAUUGUCUUCUUGUGAUCUUCAGUGGAGAAAACAGGUGUAGCAUUUGUGGAGCAUUUGUUAGUGGCUACAGCUCUUUGUUUCCCACUUUGCGAAACUGGCUACUGUAAUUGGCUGCACGGCUUUCCCUCCAGCCAACACAGAAGAGACAGGCGGAACUGCUUAUGUUAUACAGAGCCAACUUGAAUGAAUCUCUGGCUGGCCCAAGUUAUGUUUUUGGUAAGCUCUCGUCGGUCCUGAGGAUUGGAAGAGGAGAAGAAACAGAAGCCUACUUUUUAACCCAGAUCUUGCUAUUCCAGUGAAUGAAACUCAAAGGAGAACAUCAAAGAAGUAUGAAGCCUGCAGGGACCAGCACAGAGAUUUCCUUAUUGAGCAAUAUCCUAUCAGCAUAUUCCUUCAUCACAGAAAACCCUGAACGCGCUGCCCUCUGUUUUGUGUCUGGGAUUUGCAUUGGACUUCUCUUGACCUUAUUGGCUUUAGUUGUCCAAAUCUCCUGUCAAACUGAUUGCAAACAGUCGUCAACCCAAAGGCCAUCAUGCAACAGUGAAGGUAGCUGGAGUGACAGUGACUCAGAUACCACCUCAGACCUCUCUGUGCAACGGCAACGGCGAUUUGAACGGACUUUGAACAUGAAUGUCUUUACUUCAGCUGAGGAGCUUGAGAGAGCACAACGGCUGGAGGAAAGGGAGCGCAUCAUCCGAGAGAUAUGGAUGAAUGGCCAGCCAGAUAUUCCAGGAACCAGGAGUCUGAAUCGCUACUAUUGAUGGCAGCAAAUAGGACUGAACUUAUGGUGUCUCUUAAAUCUGUUGGGAAGAGGACUGAAGUCCUACUCUAGAAAGGCAAUAUUUUUACUUUACCUUUUCGGUCUAAGAACAACCUUUUUCAAUAUUUUGUGCAGGUUGCAAAGUUGGGGGACGGGCGGAUUUGUUUCUUCUCAGUGCUUUGGUUGCUACAAAUUGGAAGAGCUAAUGAGUGAUACAUAAAAAUGCAUGCAAAUCUUCCCUCCUUUUCUCUUCCCAACUAAUUAUUCUAAAGAUAAAUAGGAAAGAGAUGUAUUUUUAGCUUCUCCUUCUUCUUUAGACUUCACUUUCAAAUUUGGUCCUCAGGAUGACCUCAGGAAACCACACUACUAAAUUACCUGCUCUACUUGAUGUUACUGUUUAAACUUUUUAAAUUAAAAAAUGAAUGGGCAACUGGCAUGCUGCAACCUCCCAGAUUUCCCAGAUAACUUAUUUUCAACAAGGUCUGGGAUCCCCCUAUAGAAAUCAAAGGGAUUCUUUGAAGAUAAAAUGGUGGGUGAUUGCAGUUGGUGCUUUGUUUGCUGUCUGCUUUGUGAUUGGCCACAUUCACCAUGGCAUGGUAGACAUUUCCUGAGAGUGUCUAUCUCUUUUAAAUUUCCAAUGUUUACCCAUUGCGACAAAAAGGUUGAAAACCACUGUUCCACUAGAUCACUCUCUUCCUGCCUCUAUUUGUAGCAGGAUUCAGAGUUCUGCUCCUCCUGUGCAGCUGAUGCCUUCUGGGGAAAACAAGCAGGGCUCUGAUCAAAUGAAGGAGUGGGUAUGUCCCUCUCAGCUAUGCUCUAUAAAUCUUCCUCACCAUGCAGAUUUGCUGAAAUUAAGCCAUCCAUCUUCUUAAUUCUGACAAUUACAGUCCUACCCUGGUUAACCACUAUCUUCACCAACAUUUUUUCUUGAAUUGUUAUCAGAAAUAAAGGGAUAUACUGUA